GUGACUGAAGGAGAUGCAAAUAGAAGACAAUAUGAUGUGUCUGUUUUCGUGCGCUGUGUUUGUUUCUUCGAAAUAGAGACUCAGUUUACCCUUGUAACCAAAUCCGACAUAGUGUUUUUUACGCUGAAGCAAUGCCUGCGAGUUUUAGCGAUAUUAUGGUUGUGAUACCCAAUGGUGGUUAUAUGUGUGUAAUUUGUUUCUUCGUUUCGCUCAGGAUGUGUUCAGAAAAUUUAUGUUAAAAGUGAGAAAUGGAAGUUUUUGUAAACAUCAAUUAUCGCAGUCCAGCAUGGCUUCAACACAAGGAGAAAUAAGGGUGGGACCGUCACAUCAGGCCCGAUUACCUGAGUAUCGGCCAGCGUUGCUGUCAACUUCUGAUAUUGCAGAGCAGUCUUCAGAUCCUGAAUGGGAAAAAGAACGUGAAGAUUUGCGUUGGGUGCCUUGCAUGACACUUGAUACAGAUUUGCUUAUGUAUUUGAGGGCAGCGAGAUCAAUGGCUGCAUUUGCUGGCAUGUGUGAUGGUGGCUCACCAGAUGAUGGCUGUGUUGCUGCAAGCAGAGAUGACACCACAAUAAAUGCUUUGGAUGUGCUGCACGAUUCGGGCUAUGACCCAGGAAAAGCACUGCAAGCAUUGGUAAAAUGUCCUGUUCCUAAGGGCAUUGAUAAGAAAUGGUCAGAAGAAGAAACUAAAAGAUUUGUAAAAGGGCUACGCCAGUUUGGAAAAAAUUUCUUCAGGAUCCGGAAGGAUCUUCUACCUCACAAGGACACUCCUGAACUGGUGGAAUUUUACUAUUUGUGGAAAAAAACACCAGGUGCUAAUAACAACCGACCGCAUCGGCGUAACCGCAGGCAGGGUUCUCUUCGGCGAAUUCGAAACACAAGAAAUGCUAGAGGGCAACCAAAGGAAACAGAUGCUAGCUCUCCUGCAACUGUGGGUGCAUCAAGGCCAUCACCACAAACUCCAAAGGAAAAUGGUGAAGCUAGUUCUGCAACUGAUGAAGAGAACACAGAAGAAGAUUCUGACUCGAGAGACAAUGCAGCGUACCGUUGUCAACACUGUUUCUCCACAAAUUCUCGAGAUUGGCAACAAGGUGGAAAGGAUCGGAUAUUACUCUGUUCAGAGUGUCGAUCAUACAACAAAAAAUAUGGUGAACUACCUCCUGUUAGCAAUGUGGCUCAACCUGCAAAUCAGGGGAGUGGUAGAGGAGAAACACCGUAUCUGUUCAGACCUGUGCAGUCAGAAGGGCUAGAUGAUUCUCCUGGUAGAAUGAGGACACGAACUAGAGCAAAGGAACAGUCAAAACCAGAAACUCCAACAAAAGGGAAAAAACGAUCAACGAUAGAGGUUGAGAAUGAAGAAGAGAAGGAAGUUUCACUAUUCAAGCGCAAAAGAAAUGAUAGGGCAGAUAGUCCUGCAGAGAGCUUGACAACAGAUAGUGGAUCACUAGUAGAUGAUGGAGAAAACAAUGAACAAGAAAGUGAAGCUGCAGAAGCCAUUACAGGAAGUGUUACAAUUAUGUCCACUGGAAAUGUAAAAGGAAUAACAGACGUAAUACGUCCUCUGUCAGGUGCACACAGCCCGAAAGUAUCAGAGUCUCCAUCAUUGAGCACAAGCUCAGAUAAAAUAGACUGCUCAAUAGUAACUAAUAUUGCAGCUAAUCCUGGACAUUGUUCACCAGGACAGGUGGCAGGCUCUGUUGUCAUUGUUAACAAUGCUAAUGCAAGCAGUAAUAAACCUCUAAUAAAUGAAGCUGGGUUGACAGCUCACAAUAACUUGCCAAACGUGAGUUCAAAUUCAGUGUCAUGCAUAUCAGUAGUAGGUUUGAAGGUGCCAGUUCCAAAUUUAAGUGCACUUGAUGAUACUAGAAGCAACAAGUCAGCCUCCCAAGAAGAAAUUCAUGGUAUUGUAUGUGAUAUGAAACAUAGUGUUGUGAAGGAAAAUACAAAGGCAAGUCAUCGGAUACCUUACAGUGCUCUUGACGAUGAAAGCACAUCAAGCACUGAAAAAAGUUUGUCAGAUAGUAAAUUACAUAAGUUAAUGGAUGAAGAGCCACCACGAUUGGUCAUAAAACGAGAAUUUCAGCAGGACGCACUUGAUAGAAGGGAGCGAGAAAAGGAAGCAGUCAAGAUGAAUGAUGAAGUUCUAAAUAUGUCUGCAAUGAUGAAAGUUGUAAUUAAAGAAGAAUCUGAAAAUAGUAGUGAUGCAGUAUCAAAUAUGCAGAUGAAUUUGUCCAAUAUGGGUGUCAUUGUAAAAGAGGAACUAGAAACCUCACGUUCUCCAAAUCCAUCGCAGAUGCUUGGAAAUUCUCCGUUGGUAGGAGUUGACCUUAAUAAUCAAAUUGGACCUCUGGUUGGGAGCAGUAGUGUGCCAUCACACUUGCCACUAUCAAGAUGUAUUAAAAUCGAACCAGCAUUUCUGAGAGAGGAUCGACAAACUCAUGCAUUGGAACUGUCAACCAAUGUUCAGUCAUCACCUGCUCGAGAUCCUCUGUCUCCCAUACUUUCGUCAAAUAUUGUGCAGGCACCUCAAGUAACGUCUGGUAGCUCGGGCAGUAUAUCGCACUGUUCCGAUUCACCUCUUUUAAAAAUAGUUGGACAUCAUCAUCAUCUGUCUUCUAACACUGCAGUAAUUAGGCAGACAUCUGAAGUGCAAGUUUCAGGUGGUUCAGACAGACCAGUUAGUUUCAGUGAUGAAAACCGAGAUGUAAAGCUGCAGUCUUCAGGACAGAUUUCUGGUCAGCAGCCGACAGUACUGCAACAUCCUUCCCAGGUGCUGCAACUCCAACAACAAAGUCAAACCAGUAUAUCUCAACAAAACUGCAAUUAUAUGUCAAACUCGUCAUACCACCAACAACAGCAACAGCUCCAGCUUCAUCACCACCACCACAGUCAUCACCACAGAUCAACUAAUCUGCCACCAGAGAAAUCUGCAGUGGGCUUGUUGCACAUAGUUCCACCCUGCACAAAUGGGGGAUCAAGCAAUCCACAACAGAAUGAACCACAAAACUUAAAAAUUAAACAAGAAGUUAUAACACCAUCUGAUCGUAUGUUGUCAGAUCCUCUGCAGUCUCUGAAAGAAGUUAAGGUUCCCAGCCUUACUGGUUCCGCAUUGUCUUCCUCACAGUCACUCUCUAGUGGUAGUAAUGGUGCAAACACCUGCUCAGAUACACAGAGACCACCUUCGCCGAGUGGGCCAGCACCUCAAUUUCUGGGACCCUCAAUUGAGAAUAUUAAGAGAGAACCAGAGAGCUAUCCGAGCUCAGUUGUUGUAGGGCCUCACAGCCUUAGCAGUGUGAUGCCUAAGACGCCACCCCCAAAAAUUCAUUUGGCUGGAAAUGUGCAGCAGUCAUUAUCGAAUCAACAAGGAGGAGGAACACCACACGGAUCAGUAACUCAGCUACCUGGGGUGACCAGUAGCCCUCGGACAACUCCAUGUACGCCGCCUCUGGCCUUACCCAGAGCAACAUCGCGAACGCCUCCGGGUUCACAGCCUCCUUCACAACCGUCACCGAGACUCACACCGACAUCAAGUCUGGCUGCUCAGAGUGGACGGCAGCUUUCACCUUUAAGCAGCUCCUCACCUGGACACCCACAUCCUACUCCACAUCCCCAUCCUUCGCCCUUUGCUGCACCUCCUGGACUCCACCAUCAUCCACAUUCACUUAUGCAUCACCAUCCACUGUUUGCUGCACAAGUUGCAGCACAAGCUGCAGCUGCACAUCACAGCACUUACCAUCAUCCUCAUCCAUAUGCAGCUUAUGGUUAUCCACUUCCUUAUCCAUAUGGGCCACCUCUUCCUCAGCCACCACCUCAUCACCCUACCCCACCAUCUUUACAUCGUUCCUCUCAUGAAAGUACAAAAGUUGAAGUAAGGAAUAGUGAAACACACUCUGUGCAUCAUUCUACACAUGCUACUAGCAUAACACGACAGGAAACUGCUACCACACCUGUGGAUGAAGCGGAGGAACGUCAUCACUCUCAAGAACAAUCUUCCUCUCACCACCACCAUUCUUCCCACCAUUCCUCCCACCAUUCCUCCCACCACUCCUCCCAUCAUUCAUCACAUCAACAGUUGUCUUCAGAAAAAUCAACUAGUCAUCAAAGUAUCCAAAGUGGCAGUCAUUCUGUUGCAAUCUCUCAUUCAGCAACUUCCUCUAGUACUGCCUCUGUACACAGAAUCAGUGUUAGUAGCAAGCAGAGUUCUUCUGGAACAUCUAGUCCAACAUGUCACAUAUCAGCAACUCUUUCGUCAUCUGUAUCCUCCUCUACAUCAAUAUCACAUCCUUCCUCCAAUCAGAACAACCAUUACCAUUCACAUCAUCAUUCACAUAGUCAUCAUCAACAUCACCACCAGACAACUUCCAGUGAUAGAUCUUCUCCGGUUGGAUCUGCUACUGUUCCAUCUGUAAUGAAUGUUCCACUUCCGUUGAGCCAAACUGGUCCAGCAACAGGGAGGAGUUCAAGUCACCAACAUCAUCAGAACUCUCACCAUUCAAAAUCAAGUUCUGGAACCUCUUCUCAUCAUCAUACUGGGCAGCCUGGACUAGUAGUUCAACCUAUACUACCACCAUCUCUUGCUCAUCACCAUGUUGCACUGGGAGGAGUUCCACCAACUGCUGGCCCUACAUCUUCCUUGGAAGCACUGAGAGCUCAUGCCCAGGCUGCAGCCAGUAUGCAACAACAGUCACAACCGGUUCAGCAGGGAUCUCUAACGUUUGGCAUGAUUCGCCCUUCAUCUCAUUCCCCAUUGCAACAAACGGUGUGGUUAAUGCUGCCAGCUGCGGAGUCAGGGUUGCCAGGAUCACACCAUCACACCCCUCGACAUAUUGUAGGUUUACCAGAUGAUUUGAAAUCUGAAACAUUGAGCGACAUGGAUGCUCAGAUUACGGCAUCACAGCAGCCAGAAGAGGAUGAGAUUCCAAGCCCAAAUCAUGUUCCAAGAGGCCCAAGCCCAGAACCAAAGAUAGAAGAUACAGAAUGUCAUCGUAGCCAGAGUGCCAUUUUUCUGCGGCACUGGAACAGAGGCGAUUUCAAUUCCUGUGCAAGAACCGAUCUCACAUUUAAGCCAGUUCCUGAUUCUAAAUUAGCCCGUAAAAGAGAAGAGCGUCUUCGAAAACAAGCUGAACGAGAAAGAGAAGAAAGAGAAAAGGCUGCAUUGCAAGCACAAACGAGGAAAAUCACAACACCAGAAAAAUCUGAGGGUCCAAAGCCUCCAUCCCGUGGUCCCAUGGAGACUAUAACCUCUCCAUAUGAGCGUUUUACACCGAGACAAGGUUAUCCUGACACACCAGCAUUAAGACAGCUAAGUGAAUAUGCCAGGCCUCAUGCAGGCUUUUCACCUGGGACAUUGCCACGAUCGUCAGGAUUGUCAUUGCCGCCUCAGUGUAUUGAUCCAAUGCUUCAUUAUCAACUAAACAGCAUGUAUGCUCCUGGAACUCGUGAAAGGUUGGAGAUAGAACACUUUGAGAGAGAGAAAAGAGAGAGGGAGUUAGAACAAUUUGAGAGAGAAAAAAGAGAGAGAGAGAUACGUGAGCUUCGGGAACGGGAGUUGACUGACCGCUUGAAAGAUGAGAUGAUGAAGGCAGCUGGUCCCGGACCACGACCGAUUGAACCUCACUGGGCUGAUUUGCACAGAAGAUAUGUUGGAUUUGCACCCACUGAUCGGCCUCAGGGAGCUCUGCACCAGUUUGGGCUGUACCCAUCAGCACCAGCGGCAGGGCAGACAGCUUUAGGACAGCUGGAGCGUGAGCGCCUGGAGCGUCUAGGAAUACCUGCUGGUGGUCAUGGACCGGCGGCAGGUCCUCACACUCAUCCUCAUCCUAGCUCUUUAGCAGCAGCCCAACUGGAAGCUGCUGAACGGUUGGCGUUGGCCACUGAUCCUAUGGUGCGCCUACAAAUGGCUGGUAUUUCAGCAGAGUAUCAUGCUCACACCCACGCACAUACUCAUGCUCAUUCCCACACACAUUUGCAUCUUCACCCAAGCCAGCAAGCUCAGCAAGCACAGGCACAGCAAGAAGUUGCGACAGCAGGAACAGCUGCUUUCCCAUUACCAGCAUCAGCAUCGGGAUAUCCACGACCAGCUCUGUUACCUCCAAGAGAGGCAGCACUUGGAUUACAUCACCCUUCAGAUUUAUUGACACGUGGCCCAGGUUAUGCUGAUCAAUUGGCUCAUCAGUUAUCAGCUCAAGCUGCCCAUGAGCAGUUGCAGCGCCAGAUGUUGUUAGAUAGGGACAGAUUCUCUCAUACUCAUCCAUCACUUGUUGCACCAGAGGAGUUCUUAAGGCAACAGAGGGAACGAGAAAUGAAGGUGAGAGCCUUGGAAGAGGCUGCUCGUGGAUCACGACCAUAUCCAGCAUCCAGGAACAAUUUGGUGCUCUACCUCUAAGGACUUCAGUGAUGACAGGAAAUUAAGGUACAACCUUCCUUCUUCCCUUCCCAACCGUCUUGACCCAGCGUCAUGAAUGACCUCUUUCUCUCUCUCUCUGUCUGUCUGUCUGUCUGUCUGCUUCUACCUAUCUGUCUGACUUUUAACAUAUCCACAGUUUAACCUUUGUACUCUAACAGAAAAGGUUUAUGGUUUUAUGUCUCCCUCUCUGCCCCCCCUCUCUCUCCCCCCCCCCUCUCUCCCAUUCCCUCCCUUCGCCUCUCUCUCUCUCUCUCUCUCUCUCUCUCUCUGUGUCUGUCAGUCUGUCUCUUUCUCUCUAUGUUUGUUGCAUUACUAUCACAUGCUGUUAAAAUAUUAUUAAUGUUGGACAAGUACAGUUAUGUUACAGAGUAAUUGUCUGGUUUGUAAAUAAUACUUUAGUUGUUAUGAUGAUGUUUGUUAUCGUU